CAGGCACUUCUACAGUUCUCUCUUAAAGAGUAAUAUCAUCAAAACCCCUGCAAAUUGCAAUUGCCACUACCAUGAUCACAUUUUUCCAAAAUUUCUUCAACCCACUUUCUCAAAUCACACUUUCUUUUCCCCCACUUUCUUUCUUUCUUUUCUCUUCUUUCAAUACCUUCAUUUGAGGUGACUACAACAUCUCCAAACCCAAAGUUGCGACUUGAUAGUAAAACUGCUGAAUCUCGAACCUGACAUUCUGUAGUGUUUAGUAUCUGAAUGUUCCAUCAAAUCUUUCUAUGUUAAGACUUUAGUUAUCGUUUAAUUUUAAUCCACGUCACUAAACCAAUCAUUUCUCUUAUUUUGAGCUGCCUCAAGAAAUUAAUCUGUUACGUGCCAUGUCAAGAAACCAAUCAGUCCUCUGAUUUUGAGCUGUGUACUGAACCAAUCAGUUUUCUUAUUUUGAGCCACGUCAAGAUACCGAUCAAUCCUCUGAUUCUGAGCUACGUCAUUGAACCAAUGAAACUUCUGAUUUUGAUCCAUGUCAUGAAAUGAACCAGUCAUCAAAUUUUGAUCCAUGGCUCUUAACCAAUCAUUGCUCUGAUUUUUUCUGUCACUGAACGAAUCAGAGACUCCCCCCUUUUCAGAGUUGGAACCCUAGUUCACUCUUUGAAAUACUCAUUUCUUGAUGGACAUGAAUUGAGGAGUGGGAAGACAGCGAUGGUGUCAACGGCGGCCAAUUCUUUGUUCGUUCCCAAAAGAUCUUUGAAAGAUCUGAUGGAGAGGGGCCAUGAAAAGUUAAUUUCCAAGAUCAAUCAGCUGAAGGAGGAAAUCGAAGCAGACCAACUAUUGAAAAUUAAGGAAAAACUAGGUACAAAUCAGAGAAAAUUGUGGAGUCAUACUCAAGAGAUGCUGCAAAAAACAUUUGCAUUGGAUCCUUCUUCAAUGGAAAACAUGUCGUGUGACGUUCCUCGGUUAGAAUCUAAAAACUCGCUCUGCUUAAUGAACGGAUUUUGUUCUGGUUCAGCCGACAAGGACAUUACUUAUAUCCUUGAAGUCCCUUUUCUGAAAAGCACCAAGCUACCUAGAAUUCAAAGCAUACCCCCAUACACAACUUGGAUUUUUCUGGCAAAAAAUCAGAGAAUGGCAGAAGAUCAGUCUAUUAUUGGAAGAAGACGCAUUUACUAUGAUCAAUCUGAUAAUGAAGCUCUGGUUUGUAGUGAAAGUGACGAUGAUAUUGUUGAAGUUGAGGAGGAGAAACAUGAUUUUUCUGAAGGUGAAGACCGAAUUCUUUGGAUGGCUUUUCAGGAGCAUGGAUUAAAUGAUGAUGUUACUAAUGUGAUAAGUCAUUUUAUCGGAGGAAAUUCUGCUGAAAUCCAGGAGAGGUACAAUGAGCUAAAACAGAAGGCCAAUACAUCACAGGAACAUUCUGGAAGGAAUAUGUUUCUAGAGAAGAGUCUUAGUGCUGCUUUAGAUUCUUUUGACAACCUCUUUUGUCGCCGAUGUUUGGUUUUUGACUGUCGUUUGCAUGGCUGCUCUCAAAAUCUUAUAUACCCUAGUGACAAACCAUUAGGUUUGUCUGAAUCCGAGGUCAGGUCACCUUGCAGCGACCAGUGUUAUCUCCUGGUUAGACAAACCACUGAUGGAAUGAUGGAAAGCGCAGAUAAUCGCGCACUACAUCAGAUGAACCAGAAAGGGGAAAACAAGGGUUCAAAAGUUUCCAGUUUUAAAGAUAAAUUAAGCAAUGACAAUGUUGGUAAAGGCCAUAAUUUGGAAUCUGCUGCCGGGGAAGGUCCUAGUAGAGCAAGUAUUCUUCCUGUAGCUCAGCAUGCAAAUGUGGCGAAGCGCAGGAUCACCGAUGAGAAUGAUAGAGUAUUAGAAGGUUUUGAUGGUUUCGAAAAAAUUGGUGACAAGAAGCUGAAGAAAGUUCAAGCUCUAGAAUUUCCGGUGGAGAGGCCCACUAGAAGCCUUUUAAAUGCUUUUAGUUCUUCGAAAUCUCAGGCUAAUGAUAGCGUUCAAGGUAGAGUUGUUGACAAUUGUACGAAAUUAUUGUCUAGCAGCUGCGAGUGGAAGACCCUGGAGAAAGACCUAUAUUUGAAAGGAAUAGAGAUUUUUGGCAGAAACAGUUGCCUGAUAGCCAGAAACUUGUUGUCGGGUUUGAAGACAUGCAGUGAAGUUUCCAUUUAUAUGCAUAAUAAUAGAGCUUUGAUGGGUCACGGAACGGAUAUCGUAUGUUCUUCAAAAGACAAGGCGGGAGCUGAGUCAGCUGAUGUGGAGCUGGAUACAAAAACGAGAUUAAGAUCAAAAUUAUUUCGCAAAAGGGGAAGAACACGAAGACUUAAAUAUUCUUCAAAGUCCAAUGGUCAUCCCUCUAGCUGGAAAAGAGUCGACGAUGAAAAAAAGCUGUGCAAACAGUACAUACCAUGUACAUGUCAAUUCAUGUGUGGGAAGGACUGCUUCUGCCUGAAAAUCGGAACAUGCUGUGAAAAGUACUGUGGAUGUUCAAAGAGCUGCAAAAACAGAUUUCGAGGGUGUCACUGCGCAAAAAGUCAGUGUCGAACUAGGCAGUGCCCAUGCUUUGCUGCUGAUCGUGAAUGUGAUCCAGAUGUUUGCCGCAAUUGCUGGGUUAGUUGUGGUGGAGGGUCCUUGGGUGAACCACCAAAAAGAGGCGAAGGACAAUGUGGAAACAUGAAUCUACUCUUGAGGCAACGACAGAGGGUUCUAUUAGGAAGGUCGGAUGUUGCUGGUUGGGGAGCUUUUAUCAAGAACGCUGUGAAUAAAAAUGAUUAUCUUGGAGAAUAUACAGGUGAAUUGGUAUCACACCGAGAAGCUGAUAAACGCGGGAAAAUUUAUGACCUUGCUAAUUCAUCAUACCUUUUCGACUUGAAUGAUCAGGUAAGAGGAGCUGAUAAACGCGGGAAAAUUUUUGACCUCGCUAACUCAGCAUACCUUUUCAACUUGAAUGAUCAGUAUGUUCUUGAUGCCUUCCGUCAAGGAGACAAACUGAAGUUCGCCAAUCAUUCAGAAAACCCGAACUGCUUUUGCAAGGUAAUGUUGGUUGCUGGAGACCAUCGCGUUGGCAUUUUUGCCAAGGAACGCAUUGAAGCCGAAGAGGAACUCUUUUAUGACUAUUGUUACACUGAUGGUCAAAAGCCCGCGUGGGCCAAGAAGGAUGAUAAUCUUCCAUCCCAAGGUCGUCCGAGGAAGCAUCAAUCUCGCUGAGCUUAUGUCGUACUGCUUUCAAGAUUUUAUGCUAUGAUUUAUGAUUAUUUACUAUAGGUAACCCCGUUACAGACACACAGCAAUCCGGGUCAGAUCCAGCGAUUAGUGAUCCUGGUCAGAUCCAGUGAUGGGCUUUGCUCUAUCAGACAGCUCUUGUCUGUGAUGUAUACAGCCUUAACUAUAUAUAGUAAGGCAGAUAAUAGCACAAUAAUGGAAGGAUGUCUUGUAUAUUUCCCUAUACUACAGGAACGACUUUAUGUAUACCAUUUCUGGGAAAGUCCUAGAUAGUUUAAUACACAACUACACAAGAAAAAAUUUGUGAUUAUAAAGUUCAUGGAAUAAUAAUUGGGUUUGGAAAUUGGAACAUGUAAAACGCAACCCUUAUGAGAUAUGAAAAGAGAAUGAUCGACAUUAUAAAGUUAUACUUCGGGUGCAUUCUCUUUUC